UUUUUAUUUUUAUUUUUAUUUCUUUGCAGUUAUGGAAAUUCUCAAAUCAGACUUUGAACAAAAGCUACCUUUUAUUAAAAAGGCUAUUUUAGAAGCUGACUUUAUCGCUAUUGAUUGUGAAUUUACUGGCUUGACUCCACCCCACAUCAAUAUAAAUAACAUGGAUGACUUGGCUCAGCGCUAUACCAAGAUUAGAAGUUCAGUUGAAGAGUUUACGAUUGUUCAAUAUGGCGUGUGCACAUUUAAAAGAGACAAGGAAACGGGCGAUUUUAUUGCCAGACCUUUUAAUUUCUACAUCUUUGGCAAUGAUCCUGACAACAUGCAGUCCCGACGUGUGUUCUCUGUAGAUGCAAGCAGUUUAGCAUUUCUUCAUUCAAAUAAUUUUGACUUUAACAAGUGGAUUAAGGAAGGCAUACCUUUCUAUAACUUUACAGAAGAAGGAACCUUUUAUGAAUCUGCAUACGGUACUUUACGAAUGAACAACAGAAGAUCACGUAUUGAAGAAUCCGCCUUGACGCAAAAUGGCAAAAGCUUUUUGGAAUAUAAUCGUAAAGCGAUAAACAAUUGGUUACAAGGGAAUACAGAACAACCAUUGAUUAUUCAAGUAAAUACGCCGUUCUAUAAGAAGCUUAUAUUCCAGGAAGUGCAAGAAAACUAUAACAGCUUCCUUCAAGUUAUGAGCAGAGAUCUCAAGCAUGUAGAAAUAGUGCGUCUUAAGGAAGAGCAAAGAAAAGCGAAACUUCAGAAGACAUCGGCACUUAACUUCCGUACGAUUAUUGAAACUAUAGGAGAUGCUAAAUGCCCUGUUGUCGCGCAUAAUGCUUUAUUUGAUAUACUUCAUACAACUGACCAAUUUUGGCAGUACCUUCCUGAUAAUCUUACAAAAUGUAAGGAAGUUGUAAAUAGCAUGUGGGAUUAUAUUGUAGAUACAAAAUACUUGGCAGAAUACCAUCCACUACUAAAGGGCUGUUUCAAUACAUCUGUAUUGGGCUCAUUAUUUAAUACUGUACAUAGUGAAUUAGAAGAAGCAGGCCAAAAGAUCGUGCUGGCACCUGGAUUUGAUCGUUAUAUUAAAAGCAAUAAGCCAAAUGAGCACGAGGCUGCCUAUGAUGCUUACAUGACGGGUGUUAUCUAUCUUGCAUUCAUGAUGUAUAUAAAUGAACAAGCCGACAAACAAAGUAAUAAAGAGAAUGGUGAACACACUAACGAACAAAAUGGUGAAAAAAUCGACAGACAAAAUGGUAUCGAGAAUGGCGAAGAAAACACAGAACAGAAUGGUGAAGUAAAUGGUGAACAGAAUGAAGGAGAAAAUAACAAUGAGAAGGGUAUUACGUUACUUGGCAAGAGAAAGCGUGAUCGUCUUGAAAGCGACGAUGUUGAAGAUACUAUUGAAACAAAUGAAGAGGGAGAAACAAUAGAGAAUAGUGAAGACGAAGAAGAAAAAGAAGAAGGCGAGAUAGAGUCUACGAAAGUGAUUGAUGAACCAUCAAGAGCACUAUUCUUCAACAAAUCGGUGAUACCUUAUUACGGCAGAAUAUUCCUAAUGAGAAGCGAUACACCUUAUAUUAAUCUGAAAGGAGAGGAAGAAGUUAAUGUAGAAAGUCGUAAAAAGUUAAGAACGGAUUAAAACAAAACGCAUUUGAUAAUGCUUGAUACCUUUUUUAAUGUAAUAAAUUAUGACACAUGUUCAC